UUAUUUUUAAAUUUGAAACCCUAUCCCCAAAACACCACCCCUUAACUCUAAACCCUAAGUCUAGAUUAGUUAACCCUAAGGUAAAAAUACAUUUUUAUCCUUUAAUAAAACUUAUUUUGGUCAUUUUCUUCUAUGAGUGCUAUUUUGUUAUAAAAAUUUUAAAAGGACUAUCAUAAGGAAUUUUUCUAUUUUAAUUGAUUAAUGACAUCAUUGCAAUUAACCAUUCUAAAUAUCAACGUAAAACAACAUAUAAUUUUGAUCUCUCAAAUAAGAUUAUAAAAUAAAUUCAUAUUAAAUUAAAAAUAUAUAGAGAAAUAUGGAAAUUUGAUGGAUGAUGUAGUGUCUUUUUGUAUUUUAUUUUUUGUCAUCAGAAGUGUCCUUUUUACUAAAACUUUCAUUCUAUAACUAUUUUAGUUUAGAUAUAAAUUGUUUGAUUUAUAUUGAGCUGUAAUUGUUGAUAUGUUACUUUUGUUAUGAACGAUUACUUUUAACAUUUAAACAUUUUUUUUCUCAACCCAUUAUAUUAUACUGAUAAAAACAUUACAAGAUUAAGUCCAAGAAACAACAUAGUUUUGCUUAGUAAUUCUAGCUAUCUUAAGCCCUUUCUCAAAAAAAAAAAAAAAAAAAAAAAUUCUAGCUAUCUUAGCAAGGACAUCAGCAGUAAAGUUAAUUAGAUCCCAAUUUUUGUAACAGGACUUAAAAGUUCCAAAAAGGCUGAGCCUUUGUGUUCUCGAUCUUUAAAUCAUCAUGAAGAGGCUUGUAGAGUGUUUACGAGUCUCCACAGAAGGUGACAACCUUGAAGCCUAACCCUCUUGAUUUGAAUGAUUGCUGUUCUUAGUGCUUGUGCUUCAAGCCUUCAACCUCAAGUGGAUUGACUCGCCAUAGGGUUCACUCCCGAGGAUCCUUUAAUAAUUUGUUUACCUUCCUUAUCAUGCAGUGGCCAUCCGAUGCCUGCCGGUUGGUUUUUUGAAGUUCAUGAUCCAUCUUCAAAGUCCAGCAUGGCCUUGACGUUCAGUGAUAGUCACUGAUUAUAUAUGUCAGUUUUGUCACCAACGAUUACUUAAUUUUUUCAAAAAAUUAUGUAAUCAAAAUCUAAAAUUUUACUGAUAUUAGAAAUGAAAGUUCAACAAAUAGGAUCUAUAGGGGAUAUCCAUAGAAAGGAAAGGACAACUUAGUUUAGUUCAUGAAAGGACAGCUAUUAAUUAAGAAAUACAAAUAAUUAAAUAUAUUCUGCUGUAAUACUGAAUAGUUGUAAAGCACACGGACUCUUUAACUAAAUAUAUAAUUUAACUUCUCAAGUGUUGCUCCCAUGUGAUAUGCAAAUUUCAUCUCUAUAAAUAGACCAAAUGGCCUAAGCUGGUUAUGCGUCAACACAUAAACAUACUCAUCUUCGACUAUAUAUUAUAAAUUACAAAUUUAUUUUCCUAAUUCUCGUCUGGGAUAUUUUAUCAAUGGCGCGAAUUAAUGUUUACCUUUUUGCAUUUAUCUUGCUUUUGACUAUCAAACAAGAGUUUUGUUCCGUUGAAGGCCGAACACUCGCUAAGUCCACCGUUGUUAAGGCUGAGGAAAUCGGCGCUGAUGGCUCUGUGCCGCUAUUACCAUCGGCUGAGCCACUCCAGCCACCACCGAGCCACGGGGUUGAUACCUUCAGGCCCACGGUACCUGGAAAUAGCCCUGGUAUUGGACAUUCCGUGCACAAUUAACGGAGAGGGACAAUAACACGGUUUAUGUGAUUAUAAAUCAGUGUUAUUUGCUGUUCAAAAAAAAAUUAGUGUCAUUUAAAAAGAAUAUUUGGUCCCUUAUUGAACAUAAUUAAGAUUGUGCUGAUGUUGUUAUUGUUGUUGGUUUUUUUUUAAUAUGGAAUUUGGAUCAUCUAUGUAUAUCUAUGUACUGUUUCAUCAUAUUCAGUUUUCUUGAUUUUGUUAUUGCAAUAAUAUUUAGUUUCUUUUUUGCUAAAGUAAUAUUCCUUCCGUUUCUUAGUAUAUGAUUUUUGAGAAGUUUUUGAUGUUUCUUUAAAUGAUAUUAUUUUUAGAUAAAAACAACUUUCUUAAUUGUUUUUUUUUCAAUUGUUGCGCAUAUGUCUAAAACAUCAUACAUUUGAUACGGAGGGAGUGUGUAGUAAGAACAGUGUUUUUAAUAUACCACCAUUUAUCUCGUAUAUUUUCAACUUUAAACCUAAGCUAUUAAUCGAGACAUUUUCUAUUAUUGCAGCAUGACUGAAUCAAACUUAACUAAACAUCACUUAACCGUUGCAAGGAUCUGCUAACACAAGUGGUGAUGUCACCUUUGUAAGAUCUUUGAGCAGGGGAGUUCGAUUUCAUCUCCUCUCAAAGUCGACCGUAACGCAAUAAUAAAACGGCUCUGUAGGGUUUCAUUCUUUUUUUUUUUUGUUCACCCUGUAGGGUUUCAUUCCCUAUAAAAUAUUCCCACAUUGUAGAACACCAUGUCUCGAAAAUGACAAUCUAUUUCUGUGAAAUUAAAAAGACGUUUAUAAAAUUUGAAAAUGGUAAGUACAUUUACUAUAUACACACUUAAGACACAUAAAUUUGCAUGUUAAGGAAGCCACAUCAAAAGUGUGUUCGUAAGUUUUCUUUUUAUUUUGUUGGAGAUUCCAUAAUCUAUAAUAUACGGUUUAUAUGUUGGAAAGAAAUCUGAACUAAGUUAAAAAAUUGCUUAGAAAGAAAUUUAAUAACAACAAGCUGAAUUAAGGAUGUGCUUAUGGACACCGUACUAUAAAAUUUAAAAGAAUUGAUGCACGUAUGUAUGAUAACGAGAAAAUAUGUUUUCUUAUAAACUUUCACCUUUAUUUUUUCUUAGAAACAACCAUUAUGUUUAGUCAAGUCCAAACGUACAAUUUAUUUUUUGAUGUUUUUAUUCCAAAUCUCUAUUGGAUCCUUUUUCAGUGAAACAAACCAAAAUUGGUAUUUCAGUAACUUCUUUAGUUCUUUGGAAUAUACACUACAUAAUCCUACAGUAUUCACAAAUUAAGUAAAUGGUGUUAGAUAUUUCUAUCAAGUAAACAACAUGACUUUUCUACUCUUAUGUAUCCGUGGUUCUACCGAAAUCUAUGGACAUGACGCAAGUUUCAAUUUAAAAACAAGAGAUUCAUCGAGAAGGAAGUUACUCUCAAUGUCAUUGAAGACGUUGGCAAGAGGCACAAAGACACUCCACUGCUACAAUUUAUACUCCCCUUAGUAAGGUUUGCUCUCACCCAUCAAUAUCCUCUAGCCUGAAUUGCUAUGUAGAUCUGUAAAGACACUAGGAAUGGUACAUAAGAUACAACUUAUCAAAACGUCAAUUUGUAGUUUUAGCUUUAGUAGUGGAGACCUUGUUAUCUGAAAUCUGAAUUCGAAUCUCUUACAUCUAUGCUCAACACUAGUGGCAAGUGCGUUUAACUUCAAGAUUGUUCCAUGAUAUUUAUGUCUUGUGUUACUUUUUUGAAUUUAUCUACUUUUGCAUUGCAUUCUGUUUGGAAAUUAUUGAUACUGAUUCCUUAGCUAAACCAGAUUUGUUAGUUUAAACUCAUCUUUCAGAGCGAUGAGUAAAUUUCACUCUGAUUUAAUGAAAGUUAGAGCAUACUCCCUAUUUUGCAAAACUCUAUAUUUGAUGUUGAAGGUGUUUUUCUUCAAAAUUAAAACUUUAAACUUAAUUUCAAAUUAUUUGCAUUUACACUAUGAUCCUUACAUUUGUCGUAAUUAAUGUAAAUCCAUAAAUAUUUUAUAAAUAACUAGGACAGAUAUCAAAAUAUUACAAAUAUAUUAAUUAAAAAAUUCUUACACUAAAAUAUAAAAUUCUAAAACGAAAUAUAUAAUUAAAUAUUAAACUACAAAAAAAUACCCUAUUAUUCCAUUAAAUUAUUUUUCGUAAUGCUUUAUCUUCGGUUACACAUAAUUUGUUACGACAAUAUUUUGGAGAUUUUAGAGGUUUUUGAGCAAAUUUACCAGACUAUUAGUAUCUUUGUAAUAUUUAAAUUUGAGUAAUACUUAUGUCUUCAUGCAUCUUUAAAUCUUUUAAAAAAUUAUAUUAAGUUUUUUUGUAACAUUCUUGUGUCUAAUUCGAGUUUUAGAAUAUUUUAAAUUUUUUUUAAAAUUUUUUUAUUUAAUUUAACGUGUAAAAUUGAAUUUAUAAAAAAAAUUAAGGAUUAAAAAGAUAAACAAGAAAAUAUUUAAGAACCAUAAAAUUGAUGUGAAAUUAAUCGUAAGGACCAAAAUUUCAAACAAAAAGAUGAAAUUUCAAAUAUGAAGUUUCACGCCUCAAAAUUCCAAAUUUCAAGUUUUGAGGUUUAUUUUCGAAGAGAAAAAAAACUCUAUAUUUGAAGUUAAUAUAGAGUUUCUUUUGGAGAUGCUUUUAGUUAAAUAUAUCUUAUAAUAAAAAUUAAGAUAAAUUAUUAGUGGGUGAUUUAAGUAAUCUUACAAGUAAAAAGAAAAUACUAUACUUUCUGUGAUGACCUUCAGAAUAUGUUAAUACUUAUAAGAUAUUUAUUUUAAUUUGGGAAAUGAUCUCUGAUUAAAAUAUGGAUGAAAGUAACAGAAAAUAAGGGUAUAUUGAUGAAAAAGGUUUUGAAGUCUUACAAGAUGUGGGUUUUGUUUUAGUUUUUGUUUUUGCUUUUGUAAAAAUUAUUUUUUAUCCAAUCAAGUUUUAGCUUUUAGUUUUUUUUUGGUAAAAACCAUUUCACUUACCAAUCAAGUUUUUUAACAAAUAGAGAAAAUACUAUACUUUCUGUGAUGACCUUUAGAAUAUGUCAAUACUUAUAAGAUAUUUAUUUUAAUUUGGGAAAUGAUCUCUGAUUAAAAUAUGGAUGAAAGUAACAGAAAAUAAGGGUAUAUUGAUGAAAAAGGUUUUGAAGUCUUACAAGAAAUUAGAUAAAUACUAAGAGGUUGAUUGUUUGUGGGUUUUGUUUUAGUUUUUGGUUUUUUCUUUUGUAAAAAUUAUUUUUUAUCCAAUCAAGUUUUAGCUUUUAGUUUUUUCUUUGUAAAAACCAUUUCACUUGCCAAUCAAGUUUUUUAACAAAUAGAUUCCCUAAAAUUUAGAGAAAGUAGUUUUUCAAAAUUUCAACCAAUUUGUGAAGAAAAGCCAAAAACCAAAAUUUUUGGGUUUUCAAUAUAAAAACGAAUUUUGUUUAUUUUGUAUAAAAUAAUAUAUUUUAAUUAAUAAAUAAUUAAAUAAAUAAUAUUUUCAUAAAAUACUACAUUUUUUAUCAUUUAACAUUAAUGUAAAAUAAUUUAUGUGCUUCAUAUAUGUAAAUAAAUAUAUAUAAUUUUACUAUUAGUUGUAAGCAAUUAGAAAAUUAUUGAAUAAUGUUAAUAAUUAUUAUACACACUAAAAACAACUAAAAAUUAUAAAAUUUAAAAUGUUUAUGAAUACAAUAUAUUAAUUUAAAAAAUAGCCAUUCAAGUUCUAAAAUACAAAAAAUAUAUUUUAUGUAAUUUAUAAAUAGUUUCAAAAUAUUAAAAUAUUUUAAACUUUAAUAAUUUAUAGAUAUUUUAUUAA